AUGGACUUUUUGGCCCGCCAGCCGCUUGCCUUUCAAGUUCCUGCGGCCAAUGUACGCGUCCUGCGCUCCCCGGACGAGUUUUACAACACACUGCUGGACAACGUCCGCUCUGCGCAGCGUCGCAUCGAGUUUGCCACACUCUACAUGGGCGUAGGCCCCAUGGAGCAAAAGCUGAUUGACGCUAUUACCGAACGCGCCGCGGCCAAACCCGACCUUCGCCUGCGCUUUCUACUCGACUACACUCGCGGAACUCGCGUCGAUGCCCAGGGCCGAAGCAGCGCCACAGCCCUGCUGCAUCUCGCCGAGCAAGGGCGCUGUGCCCUGUACCACACUCCUCGAUUGCGAUCGGUCGCACGCCAGCUGCUCCGCUCUCCUCUCAACGAAAUUAUGGGCCUGCAGCACAUGAAGCUCUACGUUGUCGACAACAAGGUGAUUAUCAGUGGCGCAAACCUCCAGGAAGAAUAUUUUACGCAACGCGUGGAUCGCUAUGUGAUGAUUGAAGAUGAGCAAUUAGCAUCUUUUUGCGCUGACAUCAUUGCCACCGUCAGCCGUCACUCGUUGUACCUCCGUGCUGACGGCUCCAUCACCCCAUCGCGCUACACCAAGGCCCAUCCAGCAGAGGAUGUGAAACGGCACGUCCGAGGUAUGCAGCGAGAUUUGGGGCGCCUGGUUGCCAACUAUGCCAGCGAAGCCAAGAAGAAGCUCUUCGAUCUGGCAGCCACGGACAUGGCCGUUGUGGCCCCUGUCUUGCAGAUGGGCUACUACGGCGUUCGCUACGAUCAGGUCUUUUCUCAAGAACUGAGCCAGGUCCUUCGGUCCGAGCAUCGAAUUCAGCUUUCCACAGGGUAUUUCAAUCUCAGCCCCAUCUACCAGAAAAUGCUUUUGGCUCACCAGGGUGCUGUCACAGUCCUGUGUGCCAGCCUUGAAGCAAACGGAUUUCUGGGUGCUCGAGGCGCCAAAGGCCACAUUCCCUACGCCUAUUUGCAUCUGCUUCAUGGGUUCCAGGACGCAGCGGCUGCUUGUAAAAAAACAAACUUGGACGUGCGCCAAUGGCGUCACGAGGGCUGGACCUUUCAUGCCAAAGGUCUCCACGUUUUUGAUGCUUUGAAUCGCGUGGUUUUGGCCACCAUCGGCUCGUCAAACUUUGGACUACGGUCGCAAGAACUUGAUCUUGAGUUUCAGCUGGUGAUGGCAACAAACAACUCUGAGUUACAAGAGGCCUUCAAUCAGGAGGCCAAAGCCUUGCUUGAGGACAGCACGCCAGUGCCCAGCCACGAAGGUGCUGAGAAGGUCAAGCCCUGGGUCAAGUGGAUCUCACAUCAGUUUGGUCGAUACUUUUGA